GCCGGUAUAACUGUCUACCACAUUAACUAAAGAACUACUGGUGUCGUCAGCUGUUAGUUAAGACAGAUAAACUCCCAGGAAUUGCUGUUUUCAUUCGGAAAACCACUUGAAUGGUUAAAUACAGAGGGUAACCUGCUUAAAUAUCCACCUACCACAAUUAUAGAUAUAUUUCCCGAGUUAAUCUGCCUCUCAGCCAGAACAAUAGCUGCCCUCAACUGGUUAGAACUGAGAAAUGUCCACACCCCCUUGAUAAAUACAUAAAGUGAUCAUACUUCCCAAAGGGAAAGUACCUGACUGAUGCCAUUUCCUGCUGAACUGAAAAUCUCCUUCUCUCUGAUACCAGCUGAAGAUGACCAUGUAACUGGCCAAGAUAGAACAGCUCACAGGCCUAUGACGAUGGCCUGCUCAGACGAAGAAAAGCUUGAGUUGGUUGGUCGAUUGCUGAGUGAACCAGGAAGGUUUGCAUAUGGUGGCCUGUGUGGUGUUACGCUGUCAUUGUUGUUUUCAGAAGAGGAACACAGGCAAUUCAGAAUGAAAUUUAUUAAAGGGCUUGUACAAUGGCUGCAGCUCUCAGAAUCUGUUUUACCAGUCAUGGAGGCUUUUGCUAAUGGAAUGGGAGUGGAAGGAACAGACACAUUUGCAGACCUGCUGCUAAAAGAACAGGUUUUGGAGGGCAAUCCAAUCCUCAUUACUCAGGAUCUUGUUUCAUUUUCACUGAAGGAUGGAUACUACGACGCACGUGCGAGGGUCCUCAUCUGUCACAUCACCUGGCUCUUGCGAAUUUCAUUUGAAGAACUGGAGAUCUUUGAGGAAUCUUUGGUAAAAAGUCUGGAAGGAUGUACAGAAACAGAGUCCAAAGAACUUGAACUUUCCCGGAAAAAAAAAGAUCGUAAAAGGAAACUAAAGAGAUAUUUUCUCAUUGGACUUGCUACAGUAGGAGGUGGGACAGUGAUAGGCCUCACUGGUGGCCUUGCUGCCCCCUUUGUGGCAGCGGGAGCCGCUGCCAUUGUGGGGACGGCAGGGGCAGCUGCACUCGGUUCCACAGCAGGAAUUGCCAUAAUGGCAUCUUUAUUUGGGGCAGCAGGCGCUGGACUGACAGGAUACAAAAUGAAAAAGAGAGUGGGAGCCAUUGAAGAGUUUGAGUUUCUUCCAUUGACUGAUGGAAACCAACUGCACAUCACAAUAGCUGUUACUGGGUGGCUAUGCACAGGAAAAUAUGGAAGUUUUGAGGCACCUUGGCGCUCUCUACUGCAGUCCAAAGAACAGUACUGUCUAGCCUGGGAGUCAAAGUACUUGAUGGAACUGGGUAAUGCCCUUGAAUCGCUGCUGAAUGGCUUGGUCAAUAUUGUUGCACAGGAAGCACUAAAGUACACUGUACUGUCAGGUAUUGUGACUGCACUGUCGUGGCCAGCCUCACUACUGACUGUUGCUAAUGUCAUAGAUAAUCCCUGGGGAGUCUGCCUUAAUCGCUCAGCUGAAGUUGGAAAGCAUCUGGCUCAGGUGUUACUGAAUAGACAGCAGGGCAAGAGACCAGUCACGUUAGUUGGCUUUAGCCUUGGAGCACGGGUGAUUUACUUUUGUCUUCGGGAGCUGGUUCAAGAGAAAGAUUCUGCAGGAAUUAUUGAAGAUGUUGUUUUGCUCGGAGCACCAGUGGAAGGUGGGGCUAAGCAUUGGAAACCCCUCACUAAAGUGGUUGCUGGGAAAAUAAUCAAUGGUUACUGCAGGGGAGACUGGCUUCUGAAUUUUGUCUACCGUAGUUCUUCAGUACAACUGAAUGUAGCAGGUCUACAGCCAAUUGCCAUGGAUGAUAGAAAAAUGAUUAAUGUGGAUCUUUCAUCCAUUGUAAAUGGACAUUUAGAUUACAUGAAGCAAAUGGACACAAUAUUAAAGGUUGUGGGUGUAAAAACUAAGGAUUGUCACUCAGAGGACAAAUGGAAUCUUGGUCCCGUUUUUAACACUGGAGAGAAUUGUACAGAAGAAGGAAAAGAAGGAACUAAAGAUGACUUAAAAAUAGAUCCUGCCAGCAAGACUGAGUCAUAAGCAGCCAAUACUCAGUCCUAAUUCCUUAAUGGGAGAUGAUCUUUCAGAGACAGCAAGAGGAAAUCAGCAUUUCCCCCAUCCAGAGGCUGCAUCACCAGUUGUGCAACCUACAUUUGAUCAUGAACUUCUGCUGUUGUGAUGUAAAGCCUUUGAGGUCCCUCAAGACAGAUUGCAAAUAAUCUAACCAUCCUGCGUCUGAAAAGAAAAUUUUCAUUACGUGUAUUCAAAUGUCAGAAAAAUGGAUGGAUACGCCUUCAAAUCAUGGAGAAUGGGAGACCGCUGCACACCAUGUUUGCUGUCAAAAGAGAUUAGACCAAUAAGUGAUUGUUGCUUGUGUUCUGUAAAAAUCCGAAGAGCUAAUUAACUAAUAUAAUUUAAUAUUGGUCAGAAAUAUUACUUAAUAAAAAACUUCUAUAA